AUGGCCUGGGACAGCACUCCCCAGACAAACGGUGCCCACAGCCAGCCGGACCUGCGAGGGAUGCAGAUGCUUGGCCUGGUCCUCAAGGUGAUUCUGAUGAUGCCCACGGAAGAAAAGCCGAGCUCCAGGUUGGCGCCGGCGCCGGAGGGUCCUCUGGCGAGGUCCCAAGCUCAGGAAGGAGGCGCCUCACCCCCCUCCGACUCACCCCCGUUCUACAAGCCCAGCUUCUCCUGGGACGCCCUGGCCUCCUACAGCCACAGCUACCGGCAGGCGCCCUCCACCAUGCAGUCCGCCUUCCUGGAGCGCUCCGUCAGCCUGUACGGCAGCCCGCUGGUGCCCAGCGCUGAGCCGCCCCUGGACUUCAGCCUCCGCUACUCCCCGGGCAUGGACAUGUACCACUGCAUCAAGUGCAGCAAGGUGUUCUCCACCCCGCACGGGCUGGAGGUGCACGUCCGCCGCUCCCACAGCGGGACCCGGCCCUUCGCCUGCGAUGUCUGCGGCAAGACCUUCGGCCACGCUGUGAGCCUGGAGCAGCACAGCCACACCCACUCCCAGGUGGGUGAGAAGCCGCACAAGUGCCAGGUGUGCGGGAAGGCCUUCAGCCAGAGCUCCAACCUCAUCACCCACAGCCGGAAGCACACGGGCUUCAAGCCCUUCAGCUGCGAGCUGUGCACCAAGGGCUUCCAGCGCAAGGUGGACCUGCGGCGGCACCGUGAGAGCCAGCACAGCCUCAAGUGA